GCCUCGGAGCAGAACACUUCUAUCCAGGAUCUGAGUAGCAUUGGGGCCAGCUGGGGCUCAAUCACUGGUGGACGAGCAGGAGUUCCGAGAAAGCCAAAUAUUACAGCGCCGACACCGGCACAAACCUCGACACAGAGCUCCGGUUCACUAAAACAACAUCGUCCUCGAGACAAUGCUCCGGGUCCCAGAGAAUAUAGACCGUAUUCUUUCAUGUCGGACAAACAUAAGGAUAAGGGAAAGUCCUCUUACUUGGAACGAAAUGCAUUGGUAUCGACUCAUUCAGACGAAUGGAGAAGGGAAAUUCCAACCAAACCUACGACUCAAGUACCCAUCCUUCCGAUCAUUCGUAUCACAACUGGCCCCACAGUGUCAGCCCGUGCAGUGUCGCAGAAUUCGACAAGGGUUUUCUCGAGUGUUCAUACCCCUUUUGAGGCCGCUAUGGAAAAACUCAUGGACCCUGACGAAGCGACUGCAUCGGUAGCAAGCAGCAAGAGAGCUAUUUCGGAUAAUAGGAGACUAGGAAUUUCAACGAAGCCAACAACUCAAGUACCUAUUCCUCCCAUCAUUCGUAUCACAACUGGGCCUGCGGCGUCUGCAGCGUCGCGGAAUUCGACGAGGGGCUACUCUAGCGGUCUCAGUCCUCUCGAAGCUGCUAUGGAAAAGUUGAGGGACCCAGACAAGGCCGCCCAAAACGCUGAAAUGGCACCUCCACAUCGCAACAGCUCACAACUUGCCCACCCACCUUCUUCCAAUGAGCCCAUCCAAACCACACAAAGGGAAUGCUCAUUUCAACGAAAUUCACAAAUCGAUCACCCGUCCUCACCUAAUGAUAUGGAGCUCAUGCUGAGAAUACGAGACACAGUCUGUGCCUUCCCAUACAUCAACGACAUCCCCCGGGGCCUCGAUGAUAUGCGCAAGUUCAAGUUCACGAUCGCAAAAGGUUCGGAUAUCUACGGACAUCUAAAGAUGGCUAUGCCCUAUCAGGACUGGCUGUGUGCAUCAAUUCACGACGAAUGCCCAACACUUUCUGGCGUUCGGGCCACAUCCUCAACAAAUUCCCUCCAGCGAUCUUCAGAAGUCCAGAUAUGCCUCUUCCUCGUUCACAGCUACUAACCAUGCCAUUCGCUCCCAAUUUCAGCAUCUCUACGGAACCAUAUGCGAACUUUUUGUUAACCGGCCAAAUGGGUAUUUCUGUUAUGCUGGUACAUACAAGAUGUAUGCGUUGGACUAUUUAAUGCCGAAUGGGAUCAAUAUACCGGA